AUUAAAAGAAGCCUGCGACCGCUCCACAGGCACCGACACGGGAAAUCUGACGGGCGCUGGGCGAGGGUCGAAAGCAGCGCAGCUGACGUACAAUCCCAGGCCGCCGAAAUUGCGCAGAAAUAAGACUGCGUGCUCGGUAGCAUUAUUGAAAUCCUCUUACUUAUCACCAUCAGAUUUGCUAUCACAAGUUCCAUACCAAACUCUGACAGAGCUGAUUGUCCUGUGACCCAUUGGUCUGCAGAAAAUGAUCUAUGUGCAUCUCCAACUCAAGAUUCUAGCUGUAUGCCCCAUCUGCCAAAGUGUUAUUCUGUUUCAAAAGCUAAAGGUUCAAUUAAACCAGUCUAUCAUAAAAAGAGCUUACCAGAAGUUAUUAAAGCCAAUGAAAUUUCCUGUUGCUAUUCAAGAAGGCUGAGAGAUGGCAUGACUCCAGAUGUGAUAUUAGAAAGUAUGAAUACCUUGUGGGAGCUACAUAGUCAAUUUUUCUCAAAAUCAGAACGUUUGCUUAACUUAUUAAAUACUUCAGAUCAGUCAGAGUAUUGCAAGAACAAAUCAAGAGAAACCAGAGGUAUCUGCCAAACAGGAGGCUUGUAUUAUUGUGGUCCUGAAGAUACGUGUUGUGAAUACAAGCUUAACAAUUUAAAGAAGUGUAAUUUGUGCAAGGUGCAUAAUAAGGAAAACCACUGGACCACAGAUACAAUAAAAAAUAUGAAGAGAAUCAUCAGUUUGAAGCUUGAUGUGACAGACCCACUUGUCACUAGAGAAGGUUUUGCUAUUGCAUUAGGAAACCUGUAUAAUGACAAACCAGAAGUGGAAGUAGAACAUAUUUUGGGCGUCUUUGCUGCUGCUGUAGUUUUGCAAUUCAAACGUCUGUUUAACAAGUGCGCAACUGUAAUGCUGGAUAACAUAAAUACCACGACUGUCUGUCACUUCCAUCAAGCUGCUUUGAAGUAUAACCAAGAGAAACUGAGACAAGCCUGUGAAAGAUGGUUGGAGUUAAAUCUUAUUGUGCAAUUAAGAUACGAGACCACUCUGCGAGAUUUACAAAUGGAAGUACUGCAAAAAACUUUAUUCUCACCAAGAUUGUUUACUUUUACUGAAUACCACAUACUACAAACUGUCCUCAUCUGGGUUUUCCUUCAGGUGAAUACCGAGGUACGGUUAAUGCCGUCGUACGAUACAGUCAUAGCCUAUUUUAUCAGUUUACGUGAGAUGAAAGUCUACGUAGAUAAGGACAUUCAUUUGAAGUAUUCUGGAUUGUUUCAGACCAUCCGUUUUCAUGGAAUAACACAAACUCAGCAGAUUAAGGAACUACAGCAGAUGGAUUUGUUGCCACAGACCAUUUUGUUACAAGUUGUCACCAACAACUAUUAUGCACUACAACAUGGUGGAGAUAUGCUAUAUGUGAAAUACUUUCCCUCUGAAGCAAUCCGGUUUGGUUUCAUCAUAACAGAGGAACCAUGGUACCAUUCAGAAAUAAUUUCCUACUGUGGAUUUUAUUUUGAACUCAAAGCUAUUCAAGAGAAAAAAGGUUCUAGUUAUAGUUUCUACAUGCAGAGAUUAAAUCAUGCAGAUUCAAAUAUACCUUUUGGAAUUACUGAACGCAAUGCUUUCAGCUUAAGACAGGAACGUGAAGUGAAAUAUGAAAUCCUAGUACAGACAGAAAUAAAUGAAGAAUGGCAAUUAUUUACAACUGGUUACUUAUGCCAGAAAUUUGGUGUUAACAAAAUGUCCUGCCAAAGCCAGAUUCUGUUAGUGGAUAGACUGACGAUGCCUGUUUACGUGACCUUUGCUCUUCUUUUUCCUGCAACUUGAAGAAGUCAAAUAAAACAAUAAGAAAUCAUUGAAAACUUUGAAUAUCAAUAUUCACAUCAUGAUUGUUUGAUCUGGUAUUCUCAUUCUGCAAGGGAUGUAAUAUUACCCCCCCCCCCCCACAUCUGUUUGGGAGUUUACUUUUGGUAAGCGACUUUCUGAAAAGCUGUUAUGAGUUUUUUUUUAUUAAAACUUUUAAUUUCAAUCUUUAAUUCAAAGGCCUUGAUUAAAAACAAAUGAGAAAUACAGUACUAAAAAUAGACAGCAGAGAUAAAGUUCUCUUUAAUUCUGCCAGGAAGGAGUUAUCUUGGUUAUACUGGGAAAAAUUAAAGGUCCCCAAGUAAACCUUGGCAACAUAAAUGAGUUUAGAUAGGAGAUACAUCUCUGUAAAAGGAGGUGUACGAUGCUCUUUCCCUCCACUAGUCCACAGGUGAUCCUUGUGCAAAGUGUAGCACCUCCUUAUUCUCCAAUCAGGGUCACAUGAAGCCAUGGGAGAAGGCAAUGGAUGGCCAUAUGAGCAGCUGGUGCUUAUCACAAGUCCUGGUUAUGCAAUCACUGACACCAACCAAUCUCUGAAAAGUUUAGUAACGACUGGUGUCACCCAUCUUGUAAAGACACUGCGUGGAAAGGCCAUGAUUGCCCAUGUCAGACAACAAGGCACAUUACAAGUGAACAAAUGAAGAAGCUAGUCCAGCAUGAUAUAUUUGUGUCCACAUCACCUUCAUCCAGUUCAAGCAAUUUGGGAAGACAGUGUAGAAAUAUAUUCAAGCCUUUGAGAUUCUUAUAUAUUUAAUUUUGUGAUGUAACAAAACUGAACCUAUAAAAUAUGUUGAGAGUGUUCACAACAGGAGGCAUGUAAUGUUCUGGAUCAUUGUGUAACUAAGGGGAGGGCCUUGGGAAGUGCAGCUGUGUUGAAGUGGAAGAGCUGACCUGAAGAACAUACAACAGUCGAAGCAUAGCCUGAAAACUUGCAUCAAAAAGCAACUUGGUACGCUGUAAAUGAGAAUCAGUCUCCAGCCAUUGAGGAGUGGAGAUGUUUCUUAUUAUUGCUAACAAUAUAUAUGACUCUGAACAGAUCCAAUAUGUUUUUUUGUUCUUUGUUGUAAGACCUAGUGAAAGGUACAUGACAAUGAAAUCUUCUGAUCAAUUGUUCAGCCUUGAAAAUGUUCACUUUGUAAAUAUGUUUAUUGCUCUUCACUUGUGAAUGGAGUAAGUCACUCUCAAACACAUUAAUAUAUUUUAUUUAAUUGGGAUUUUCAUAGAAGUCCAUAAAAUUUGGCAAGUGGUGAGCUGACUAACUGAGUCAAUUCUUAGCAAUUUUCUGCAUCCUGUCAAGAUGAAAAUCAAAACCUUUGUGUAUUUAGAGAUCACUAAUACCUUUCCAAGAACUUUGAAGCAAAUGAUACCAAACAAAUGGAAAAAACCAGGGUGCUGAGAAAGUUUAAGUUUGACUUCUGUUGCAAUUAAGAUGCUCUGUAAAUCUAAGUAGAACCUUGCUUUUUUAAUAACAUGGUUUAAAGUUGAAACAGAAAGAUCAACUCAUAAAAAUCAUCUGCAUUUUUUGCAAACUGAGGCCAAUAUUUCAAAGCUGAACUCAGCCCUUUUUGUAAUUCAAGGCUGGUUACCAUUUUUAGAACAUUUUCUUUAAGCUGAACGUUUUAAUAUAUAAUUUUUGGAUGAAUAAAUUCAGAGAAUAAUGCAGCCUUUUAGAUUCUUUGUGAUAACAUCAACUAGAAAUAUUCUGCAAACAGAAACCGGUAUUCAUUUCAAAAAGACCUGAUGACUCCUUAACAAGUGAACUGAUCCAAUUUUACAAGGAAACCUUUAUCUAGUUAAUGAGUUUGAGAACACAAUGGUCCUUUCUGAUGUAAGAUGCGGGGGUGGCCAGAAUGUCUGCAUCUCUAAUGAUGGCACGAUGAAAGAAAAACUGACAAAUGCUGAACAUUUUAAAUUAGUUGCUUUCAGGGUUUUAAUAGAAAUGUCCGAACUUCAGAAAAAAUUUUAAAAAAGGGUCCAUGCAAUAUUUUCCAGCACUGUAAACAUUUUGUUUUUAACUUUUGAAAGAAUCAUCUGAUUGUAUGAACAACUGUUCAUAGGAUAUCCUGCCUGCAGAUUCUAUUUAAGCACUCUUUUGUUGGCAAACCAAAGAAAUAUCUAAACGUUUUGGUCUGCCUCUGUGAAUCCAAUCGGCACAGCACUUUUGUUUUCCUCGAUUUUAUGCAAUAACUUUAAGAACAAGAUAUAUUUUUCAAAGCUUAAAAUUUGUAUUUACUUUCCUGAAGUAAAUAUUGCUAUAUCUUCAUAAACAAAGUUGUAUUUAUCAUCAAAAUAGCCCUGUCCCAUUGUUAUCUGUUACCAUAAAUCACUGUAGUUUUUUGCUAUAAAGAACUAUAUUCAACUACUAAUAACCAUGAGCUUUAUGUGACUU